AAUAGUAGUAAUCACUUGAUUGCAGACAUGUCUGGACGAGGUAAAGGAGGAAAAGGACUGGGAAAAGGUGGCGCAAAGCGUCAUCGCAAAGUACUCCGUGAUAAUAUCCAAGGCAUUACUAAACCUGCUAUUCGCCGUUUAGCUCGUCGAGGCGGGGUGAAGCGAAUUUCUGGCUUGAUCUAUGAAGAGACUCGAGGCGUUCUCAAAGUGUUUCUCGAGAAUGUUAUCCGCGAUGCUGUUACUUAUACCGAGCACGCCAAGAGGAAGACCGUGACUGCUAUGGACGUUGUAUACGCUUUGAAGAGACAGGGUCGUACGCUGUAUGGCUUUGGAGGUUAACUAACAAUCAAGACGUAAUAAAGAUCACCCAAUGGCUCUUUUCAGGGCCACC